AUGGACAAAACAAAACUUUCAUAUUUUUUAACCGAAUAUAUACAUAGUAGUGAUGAUAGUGAUUCAAGUAGUUGGAGUGAUAUAAGUAGCGUGAAAUCAGAGUUUUAUGAGGAAGAUGAGGAAGACAGAUUGUUUAUCCCUCUUAUGCAGUAUCUUAUAAGAAUAAAAAGAAAACGUGUUGACGACUAUCUACAUUUUGUAGAAUCGUGGACAGAUGCAGAAUUUAAAAAUCGUCUCAUAUUGUCACGCAAAACUGCUUAUAAACUUAUUGAUGACUUAGAGAAAUCAGGAUUUAUAGCUUCACACAAGUUUGGUUUAAAACCUUUAGAACCAAAGUUAUGUUUCUAUAUUUUCUUAUCCUUCAUAGCUGACACAGAACCAUUGACACCAUUAGCAAAUAGAUUUGAUAUAUCUAUAUCCUCAACAUUCAGAGUGCUAAGGAGAGUAGUUGCUUGGUUAUUAACAAAAUUAGAUGAUGCUAUAAAAUGGCCACAAGAUUUUAACGAUGUAGAGACAAUAUGUGAACAAUACCACUUCAAGACUGGAAUAUCUAACAUAUUGGGUGUCAUUGACUGCACUCACAUAAAAAUAGAGAAACCAAGGAAUGCAAGAGAGUAUUGUAAUCCAAAAGGAUACUUCUCAAUAGUUUUACAAGCCACAAUAGAUGCUAAUCUUCGUUUCACAAAUAUCUAUUGCGGCGAACCAGGGUCUGCCAAUUGUUCCAGGGUAUUAAGAAAAUCCCCAUUGUAUCAAACAGCCACUCAAAGUAAAGAUACAUUGUUUCCCCAUAACACAUUUUUAGUUGGACAUAGCGGAUAUCCGGCAUUAUCUUGGUUGGUUCCGCCAUUCAGAGAAAAUAAGAGACUAACAACACAACAAAGGGAAUUUAAUUCCCUUCAUGCAUCAGCUAGAAAAUUAAGUGAUAAAGCUUUUAACUUAUUAAAAACAAAAUUUAGAAGAAUCAAACUAUUUACAGUUUAUAGAAAUAUACCGUUUAUAACUGAUACUAUUGUCGCUGCAUGUAUUUUGCAUAAUUACUGUCUAGAUGAAACCUGUGAUCCUUUGGAGGAAUAA